GAAGCCGAUGGUUCCUCUCUUUUUUGCUCUUUCUGGAUUUCCUCUCCGCACAGAUAUCCCUUCUCAACCUUUCUGCCGUUGUCAAUGAACCUGUUAGCCUUUUCUUCUUGAACUUUCAAACAUGUGUCAGGUUUACGAAACCCGCAUCAUUUAUCAAGGCGGUGGUUGCAUGAUCGGAAAAUGCGAUAAAGUUGACCGGAUCGUCGAAGAAUGCACUUCCAAACCUUCCUCAGGUGUCGAAUCCUGCGCGAACUACAAAUACAUCGUUGCAGGCUCGUCCAAGAGAGGCGGGCCUCAUCCAGGACAUGCACAUGCUCCACCAGCGACCAACGCGAGCUCCAACACUGCCCCAAGUACCUAAACCGCUUCGAUCUUACGGUGUGUAAACGUGGAAGAUAGCCAGGGUAGAACCCUGGAAGGGAUUCGAAACCAUUGACGGACAGCUACUGAUAGGUUGGAAUAUCGGGUGCUAUUCAACAUAGCUGCAUCCAUGAUUGCACAUUUGCUUCAUGCCCUGUGCUUUUUAGUACUGCUUUUGUAUUUAACAGCCAACAAUCGAGCCCCGGGUU